UUUCGAAAACAUUGCACCCGCUCGGUGCCCUUUCGCCUUCAUGAAACCAGAGAACACGUCUGACAACCUUGUCAAAUCCCAUUUUGAAUUCAAAAACACUUUCCAUAUAUUGUUCAAUAUCAUUUUAUUUUUUUGUAUGAUUUUUUAGUCCCAACGAUAACUUGCGCAGAGUUUCUAACAUAAAAUCUACUGUAAAAAAAUUAGAGAGGAAGAAAAAUUUUAACAAAACACUCGAUGACAUUAUCUCCUGUGAAUAGUUCUAAACGAACCCCUUUGCCUUCGACGACAAAGUCCGAGCUUCAGCAGAAGAAAUGGGAGAAAACGAGAAAGCUGGUGGAGGCCCGGCUAGAGGGUCUCAAACCUAAGGAACACAAUUGUGGAGACUUAUCCAAUUUCAAUCUCGCCGGAAGCACCAACAAAAAGUCACCUGAAGAAAUGGUGAAAAUCGAUAAGCGUGUCAUAUGUUAUGAACCACCCAAGGAGAAUGCAAAAGGAGGUGAUGAUGGCAAUGGUGGUAAUUUCUUGAUCUCUGCCUUGGAAAGAGCACAUCAAAUUCAAGCUAAGCUGCCGUCAAAGUUCCCCAGUUUUGUAAAGCAUAUGAGCAAAUCCCAUGUCUCAGGCGGAUUCUGGUUGGGUCUACCAAAGGAAUUCUGUGUUGAUCAUCUGCCAGAGCAUGAUGCAACUGUAAUUUUGGUGGUUGAAAAUGAGCAUGAUUCAACAGUAAUUUCGGUGGGUGAAAGUAAAGGACAUAGUACAAAAUAUUUGGCGGCGAAAUGUGGGUUGAGUGGUAGAUGGAGAAGUUUUUCAAUUGAACACAAGUUGGUUGAGGGGGAUGCAUUGGUUUUUCAGCUGAUCGAUUCAUGCAAGUUUAAGGUACACAUAGUAAGGGCCGACACAUCUAAUGAAGAAAAUGCAGCUAGGAGUAUUCUUAACCUUCACGCGAAGGCGGAGCCAAUCAAAUCAGUGAAAAAGAAAGAAGAGCGGCGACCCGAACAACCGCCGGUCGCAAAAAAAGCACGGAAAAAGCAUCUGGAAGAACCUGUAGAGUUAAAUCACAAUCGAAACAAAAGCUUUAGAAAAUCGGCAUCCAACAUAACCAAAAAUUUCGACGACAUAAAACUCAAUUUCGAGGACGUAAAAGACUUUGAAGAUUUCGAAAUCGAAUACAACGGCCUAAUCCUCGACUCCGAAAUUCCAGACAACGUCAGGGAAAAAUACUACAAACUCUGCCUCAGCCAAAAAUGCUUCCUCCACCAAAAUCUCUAUAAGGACCUCAACAUAAAAUUGGUGGUAGGACUGAUAAACGAGACUGUCAAAAUCGCAAAGAACAUUCAAUCAGCCAGGCUCGGCACAGCCCUUGAUAAUCUGAAGAGUUGGGAUAAAACCCUGAAGGCCUUAGGGGAUAUGGGCAUGAUGGUGGGCUUUUUACGGGCCCGUAUUGAGAAGCUGCUGAAUGUUUAUCCUGAGUCUCAGGCGGCGGGUUAUGAGAUGAAGAGAAAUGAGCUAAAGAAGGCAAAGGAUGAGCUGAGCAGUCUCAUGAAGAGGAUCUCAGAUGGCCAGAGGCUGAUUGAGAAGCUUGAUAGGGAGAUUGAUUAUUUUGAGGCUAAUAGAGGUGAUGAUGAUCUCGAGGUUGAAUUCACCGAGUUAGCUGGUGCUCCGUGGUGAAAAAGGUGUAUAUAUUGUUUAUGGGUCAUGGAAAAUAAAAAAUGACUUUUUGAAACAUUGGUUGAUUAUCUUUUUGUGGCUGUGUUUUUUGGGAUUUCUAUCAUCUUGAAGGAGAUUUUUUCUUCAUUGGGGGCAGUAUGUGUGAUACUAUGAGAAGAUGAAUAGUUGAUGUAACUGCAGAUUUAGGUAAAAGCCUGUUAGUUGAUGUCCUUGUGCUACUAUAUUAUAUUGGAAGGGUUUUGCAGCCAA